CGGCGGUGUUGCUCUUUCUCGGCUGGAAGCCGCGGAGCUGGCUGCGCGGGGCGGCGCGUCAGCGGGGCAGGGAGCGGGGCUCCUGGGCGGCGGCGGCGGCGGCAGCAGGAGGCUGAGGACCCCAGGGCGGCUCGGCCACGGGGAAGCAGACACUGCUGCGGGCACCGCCGCAGCACCCAGUUCCUGUCGGAGCUCUGACCUCGCCGUGCUGCCGAGCAGGGCCUCCAGAGCGAGUGGGAAGCAUUGCAAAGGUCCCUGUCAUCCCCUGAGAAAUGGCUGCUGAUGUCCACAAGAAAAAAGGCUGGGAAGUGCCCAAUGGAUCCUUGGUGCCAGCAGAUGGGCAGCACACAGAGCGGUCUGAGAGCCCUACCCCAGGUUUGGCACAGGGAACAGAACCAGGGGCAGGUCAGGAGGGGACAAUGUUUGUUCACACCCGGUCCUAUGAGGACCUGACAAGCCCAGAGGAUGCAGGUGUCACAUCCAGGAGCCCAGAGGAAGGGCAAGGGGACGAGGUUGACCAGACCAAUAUGGAGCAGAUCAGCAAGGACUUCAGUGAGCUCAGCACACAGCUGACAGGUAUGGCCUUGGACCUGGAGGAAGAGAUGAGGCAGAGCAAGGAGGACAAGCUGGACCUCUCACCCCAGACAUGCCGACGGGACUCUGUGCUAUCGGGAAAGGAAGAGGAGGAUGUGACUAUGGAUGCCUGGCGCAUGCAUCAGAAACAUGUGUUUGUGCUGAGUGAGGCAGGCAAACCAGUAUACUCUCGCUACGGGUCAGAAGAAGCGCUGUCCAGCACUAUGGGGGUGAUGAUGGCUCUGGUGUCCUUCCUGGAGGCAGAGAAGAAUGCCAUCAGAUCUAUCCAUGCAGAUGGCUACAAGGUGGUCUUUGUGCGCAGGAGCCCUCUGGUGCUGGUGGCCGUGGCUCGGACCCAGCAAUCAGAACAGGAGAUUGCCCACGAGCUCCUCUAUAUCUACUACCAGAUCCUCAGCCUCCUGACCUGGACACAGCUCAACCACAUCUUCCAGCAAAAGCAGAACUACGAUCUGCGCAGGCUACUGGCAGGCUCUGAGCGCAUCACUGACAACCUGCUGGACCUCAUGGCACGGGACCCUAGUUUCCUGAUGGGUGCUGUGCGCUGCCUACCAAUGGCAGCUGGGGUGCGGGAUGCUGUGAGUGCCAGCCUCCAGCAGGCCAGAGCCAAAAGUUUGGUGUUCUCUAUCCUUCUGUCCAGGAACCAACUGGUGUCUCUGGUAAGAAAAAAGGACCAGUUCCUGCACCCCAUUGACCUCCAUUUGCUCUUUAACCUUAUCAGUUCCUCCUCCUCCUUCCGGGAGGGUGAAGCCUGGACUCCCAUCUGCCUGCCUAAGUUCAACUCCAGUGGCUUCUUCCAUGCCCACAUUUCCUAUCUGGAGCAAGAGACAGAUCUGUGCCUACUCCUUGUCUCCACUGACCGUGAGGACUUCUUCACUGUAUCCGACUGCAAGCGCAGAUUUCAGGAGCGUCUAAGGAAGCGUGGCGUGUACCAUGCCCUACAGGAGGCACUGCGCACUCCUUUCUACAGCAUCUCCCAAGUGGGGAUCCCAGACCUCAGACAUUUCAUCUACAAAUCCAAGAGCUCAGGGCUCUUUACCAGCCCUGAGAUUGAGGCUCCCUAUGUCAGUGAAGAGGAGAAAGAGAGACUGCUGGGGCUGUAUCAAUACCUACACAGCCGAGCCCACAACUCGUCACAUCCCCUGAAGAAUAUAUACUUCACUGGGCCCAAUGAAAACCUCCUGGCUUGGGUGACGAGUGCCUUUGAGCUCUAUGUAUGCUACAGCCCCCUGGGGACCAAGGCAGGUGCUAUCAGCACUGUCAACAAGCUCAUGAAGUGGAUCCGUAAGGAAGAGGAUCGGCUCUUCAUCCUGACACCACAGACCUACUGAUGGGUGCUGGGAAGUCAUCACUGGCCUAGAGAAGCUCCGACAGCACUGUGUAAUCUGUUCCGAAAGAUGGGCUCUUCUCAGGGCAGACCCGGGCCCCUUGGAAAGGAAGGUGGGGAUGCAGGAGCAGAGCCGUCUGGGAAUGUGCAGGAAGCAUAUUCCUGGAUUCAUUAAGUAGCUGGUCUUAAAACCAGAAAUCAUUACUUCCCAAGCCAUAUGCACCAUUACUCUGGGGCUGGGAGCUGAUGAGAACUUCUUCCCAAGGGGAAUGCCACCUAGCCUACCCAUCCCAGAUGCACAUUCCUUGCUGAAGCCUCCAGUGCAUCAACAAUGCCUGCAGGUUCUUAGUCUGUGUAUUGAAAACUGAAGCUGUCCUAUCUCCCCAGGAGACUUUCUUGUGUUUUGGGGUAAAUCUCUGUGGUGCUGUGGUCUCUUAAGUGGGGGGUGUAAAUCCCUGGGUCACUGGAGAGAGGUGGGUUAAUCUAUUCUUGGGUUUUUCUUCUGUGUUAGGACCCUAGAGCCCCUGAUCCACUCCCAUUUUUCAGUUUCUAGGAAGAAAGUCAGCUGGAGGAAUCACCUAGUAUAAGCCCCUCCUCAUGGGCCACCCCUGUGUGAGCCAUCCCAGACCAGCAUUAGUUUAACCUGCCCUUAAAUUUCUACUGACAGAGACUCCAAAACCUCUCUGGGUCACCUUGUGAAAGACACUCAUUUCUGCUCUUCUCCAUCAGUAGAGUCUCCUCUGAGAGCACAAAGGUGGCACCUCCCCCACCAACCAUCCCAACUAGGCCUGAGGUGCUGGCACCUGCCUGCCCCUUCCCUCCCAGUCUCUGACCUAUGUACCUGUGUAAUGUCCCAGACACUUCCAGGGGCUCACAGGCCAGCUCCCUCCUACAGGGCAGCUAUGGUUUUCUAGGAUGUACAAUGGACAAAGGAGAAGUUGCCAGGGGCAGGAAGAAUUGUACUGUCCAGGGUCUGGAUCAUAUGUCCAGCCCAUCUUCUUGCUGCCAUCCAGCAUUUCCCCUACUUUCAGCAUCUCUUACCAGCACCUCUCAGCAAGGCAGAUGGUCCUUCAUCAAAGAGGCCUGCCAUGAGGAAUGGGAGCUGGGAGGCAGGGAGCAGUCAGAUGAAGGAAAGCAAGCAGGUCUCUGGGACUCCGCUGCAGCUUAAUGCCCUGAGAUGAAGCUACUGGCCUGCCUCUGCCAGAGACAACUCUGAUAAGCCUCCCUUCCCCCUGCACUCAGGUCCAGGGGGUUUGUGGGGCUUGGUUCUAGUGAUGAGGGAAGCUACAGCCACACAGCAAGGAGGAGGCAAUGAAGCUGGCACAAUGUGACCUCAGCACCUUGGUGCAGGUGUGGAAAGAACUGCCUGGCUGAGGAAGAGGAUUAAGUAGAACUACUGGAUGGGCAGAGUCACAGGAAAGGGAGUGCUUUGUGCUGAUUCAGCAAGCCUGGGGCCAUGCACAUCCAUGGCUCUAUAAGAGCAGACACGGUGCAGUGGGGCCACGUAAAACUUUGUGGCUGUCACUGGCUGGGAGCUCCUGUUCCUGGGCACAUGCCUCUAGCCCUUUCCUCCAGCAGGAUCUGUACCUCUGUGUUAUCCUCAGGAACAUAAGGACAUAAUUGCCAUACUGGAUCAGACCAAUGGUUUCUCUGGCCCUAUAACCUGUCUCCAACAGUGGCAAAAGUGGAUGUCUCUAGAGUGAUCUACCCCCUAAUCAGUACCCUCCCUGGCAUCCACCAUUAUAGGUUUGAAGAUGCCAGAGGGAACAUUUUUAACCAUUCUGUUCAAUAGUAAUUAAUAGAUCUAUCAUCCAUGAAUUUAUCGAAUCCCUUUUUGAUCCUGGCUAUGUUAUCUGCCUCCACUACUUCCUAUGGCAAUUCAUUCUACAAGUUAACUACAUUUUACAUAAAAAAGCACUUUAUCUUAUUAGUUUUAAACUUCCACCUACUAAUUUAGUGUGUUCCCCCUAGUUCUAGUAUUCUAGGACUUGGUGACCAAUAGUUCCCUGUUCAUUUUGUCCAUGCCCUUUAUAAAUUUAUAGACCUCUGUCACAUCCCCCCUCAGCUUUCUCAUUUCCAAACUGAAGAGUCCUGGCCUUUUUAGUCUCUCCUUCUAUGGUAACUGCUCCAUAGCCCUGAUCAUUUUGGUUGUCCUUCUUUGUACUUCUUCCAAUUCUACUACAUCUUUUUGAGACGUAGAGACCAGAACUGAACACAGUACUCAAGAUGUGGAUGUCCAGGGGAUUUGUAUAGUGGUAUGAUGUUUUCCAUUUUGUUUUCAAUUUCCUUCUUAAUGAUGCCCAACAUUUUAUUGGCUUGUUUUGGCACCGCUGUAUAUUGACCGUAUGUUUUUAGAGAACUAUCUACAAGGACUCUAAGGUCUCUUUCCUGAGUUGUAACAGCUGGGCUUAAUCUCUCUGUCAGCCAGCCCCUCCAGGCAGAUGCAGCCGCAGCUGCCGACCAGGCCUAUAUCCCCUAAUUGAGAAGCUCAUCCUGCCCCCCCCAGGGCAGCCCUGGACGAAGAGUCACCCCUUGCCCUGGUGAGAAAGGGUUUCUAUGGGUGCUGGCUCCAACCUUCCUGCACUCAAUUCUUCAGGUCCCCAAAACAGGUGCUCUCCCCUUCCCUGCUGGGGGCUAGAUUAUUAUGGCCUGCUGAAUGGAUGGUCUGGGCCCAGCACUCCUACAGUGAUGAGUCCUGGUGCAUGAAAGGAUGAGGAAAAUGAGUGUUCAAUAAAGAGCUAUGAUGAAACAA